UUAGACAUUUAGGAAACGUCAAAUCUGUCAAAGUCAAUGUCCAAGUUGUUGGGUAAUCGCAUGAAAACAUUUUUUCUAAAUCCAAGAAAAAAUCAGCUAAGCUAUGUUACAAGCAAUUGGGGCCGCGGCUAGACUGUCCAGGACAGGUCUGUCGAGGUCACUCCCUGCCUUCUCAACCUCUUCAAGGUUGUCAGCCGAGGACCCUGCCCGUCGUAAAGAAGCGCCAAUAAUUGACAAUGAAACUGUUUUUGCUACACCUGAGGAAGCUAAGGAAAAAAUGACCCAAGCAGUAGCCAUUACUGUUCCUACAAAGGUGGACCUGUCAUCGAUAUCUGGCGUACCGGAAGAACACGUGAAAAAUCGCCGAGUACGCAUUUACCAACCACCGAAAAACGCAAUGCAGAGUGGCACCAACAAUAUUCACCAUUGGGAAAUGGAGUUUGACACUCGUCAACGUUGGGAAAACCCACUAAUGGGGUGGACUUCUACUGGCGACCCAUUGUCUAACUUAAAAAUACAGUUUACAUCUCCUGAAGAAGCCAUAGAACAUUGCGAAAAGAAUGGUUGGAUCUGGUUUUUGGAUGUACCGAAAAUAGAAAAAGAUUUUAAACCAAAGAAUUAUGGAGUUAACUUCGCUUGGAACCGUCGUACUAGAGUGUCCACUAAAUGAACCGGUAAAUUAUUAAUACCUUUUUUUCUUGUAGAAAUUCUUUAAACAUUAUUUGUAUAAUUUAAGUUUGAACAGCUUAAAUUGAUUGUUAAUAUUAUGUAUAUUAUUUAAAUACAAUACCAGCAUUCACUGAGA